AUGACGCCUCCACAAAAGAUCAAGCAAUGGCUCACGGGCCAGGACGGGCUCGAUAAGCUCAGGAUGGACGAGGCGGAAUGCCCGGCUCCUGGGGAGGAUGAAGUGCUGGUUGAAGUCCAUUCUGUUAGUCUGAACUACAGGGAUACCGAAGUCGCUAUGGGCCUCUACAACCACCACCAGUCGGUAGAUCAUCCUCCCGCGAUUGUUCCAGCCAGUGACAUGUGCGGCGUGGUUGUUGCUGUUGGUCCAGUUUCCAGCAACACUUCAGACCCUUACAAGAACCCAGCUUUCCAGCUCAAGGAAGGCGACAGGGUCAUCAGCACAUUUGCGCCGAAACAUCUCAGCGGCCAAAUCAAGGCUACAGACAUUGCGAGUGGGCUUGGAGGGCCAGCCCCAGGAGUACUGACACAAUACCGCGUCUUCCCCACCUAUGGCGUUGUCAAAAUUCCAGACUAUCUCUCCGAUGACGAAGCGGCUUGCUUACCAAUCGCAGCCGUAACCGCUUGGAUGAGCUUGAACUGCAUGCGACCGAAUGGCGAGAUCAUUGGAAAGGGCGAAUCAGUCGUCUGCCAGGGUACUGGCGGUGUGAGCAUUUCUGCAGCUCAAAUCGCGUCCGCAGCAGGUGCUGAUGCCAUCGUCACCUCUUCCUCCGACGAGAAGCUUGAGCGCGCAUCCAAACUUGGUGCGAAGACGACCAUCAACUACCGCAACAACCCUGAUUGGGAGAACGCAGUCCUUGCUGCCACCUCCGACGAGGGCGCUGACAUUAUUAUUGAAGUCGGUGGCGCGCAGACACUCCGCAAGUCGUUUGAGUGCGUACGCUUCGGUGGUUUGAUCUCUUGCAUCGGCUACCUUUCCGGUAAGCAAGACGAAGCUGGCGACAGGACCAACACAAACCUGUUGUGUUUGAAGAGGAAUGUUACCCUCAAGGGUAUAAUGAACGGCCCUAGGACUGAGCUUGAAAGAAUGCUCAAGUUUUAUGAUGAGAAGAAGAUCAGACCAGUCGUCGAUCGUGUUUGGAAGUUUGAAGAGGCGGACCAAGCACUCAAGUACUUGUUUAGUGGAGGACAUUUCGGAAAGGUUGUUAUUAAGGUGAAGGAGUAG